CUCAAAAGUUUAUAACAAACGAUUUAAAUAAAUCCAUUAUGGAAUUAUGCCUGGUCUAUAGCAAAAUGACUUAACAUUCAGCAAAAAGUGGACUUUUUCACGGCCCAGUCAAUUCCAAUCUUCGCUUCAGUUCGUUGCAGAUUUAAGAAAUUUCGAUUAUUCAAAAAUUAGCAGAACAAGACUUUCUUGGUUACGUGCCCCGAGUGGUGGGACUUGUAUAUAACACAAUUCGUGGGUGUCAAAUGCAAUUUUUGUGUUUUGUCUAUCCACGAAGAUGCUUCUGCAUAGAAGAAGCAUAGUUCUUGAGGUGUGUUUAGUGCUCAUAGUGGCACAAGCCGCCUCGUCAGCCGACUACGACUACAAACCGACGAAAAAAGACCAUUACUCCGGGUAUUCCGACAAGCAAAAAGAGCCCGACUACAUCAAACUGUUCGAGGAAAGCCAACCAUCCGCUUCCAAUAACGACGAGAAAAAGUCGAACUACUAUGGCUUCGUGAAUCCUGCUGAGUUCGAAGCCUUCUUCAGUUCACCCCUUCAAGGAUUUGGUGAGCAAAGCGGCAAAGAGUCGAAAUCGCCGCAAUCAUUCGCAGCCUCGCCCAAAGCGGAAGCGGAUCCUUUCGAAGGAUUUGAUGAGGACGAUAAAGAGGAAGCUUCCGAAGACAAUCCUUUGCACAAGGACUAUUUCGAGGAAAGCAAAAAGGCGCGCAAGGCUGAAGAAGACGAUGUGAAUCCGGGCCCGUACUACGAUAGCCACCAAAUCCCCGUUCCGGAUGUUUACGGCAACGAGGAGCGCGCUCAGAGCAAAGACGAUGUCGAAACCAUCCCUCCGCCCUUGAAAGGCAAGCAUAAGAAGAAGAAAGUCAAGGCCUCCAGCAGCGCUCCAGACUACGAAAUCUUCCACGGCUACGGAACGUACGAGCCAUUGACCAAAUCCGAGGGCCAAGCUGAGCAAUCCAAGCUCGACCCACUAACCUACUAUGGAAUUAAGAACAUCGACUACAACACUGGAAAGUCUUCAUCUUCAGUGUCCCAACAUCCAGCAGCCAGCUACGUUGCCAGCCGCAAGGUGCCAACUUCCACGCUGAGCCCUUAUGAGCAGUACGGCUUCGAACCUGCCGCUUCCAACUACGAAGCUUUGCAGUCAAAGUACUUCGAAUCGGUGGCCACCACUCGAAGCCCCUUGAAGAACUCAGAAAGCGCCCACUUAAACGGAGAAGACCAGGAUGGGGGGACUGCGUCCUCCAACAAGGCGGAAAGCACCCAGAACAAAGACUGCAGGAAAAUCGAGGGACCAGAAAACGCCGACGGCAUGAACUGCUUUGUCUGUGAAAACGCCGUGAACAAAGCCAAAUACACUCAGUGCUCGUACACGUCCAGCGAACAGCCCGUUAACCAAUACGCUGGAAGCUCCAUCCGGUACUCAACCCCAGUGAAAGCGCCAGCAAGCUUCCUAAGGAACAAGAGAAGCUCAGAAAAGGACAGCUACAAAGACGACCCUUACUACAUAGUGUCGGAGCGCAACCGAAAAUACUUCGAGGACUACGAAAAAGACCACGAAGCGGCUCAGAGUGAACGGGAAAAGGACUACAACUACGAGCCCUUCGGCCCAGAAGAAUACGAAAGCUACUCAGAGUCGCAAAGCUCCGAACUGCUCAAACAGCCGGGGGCGUGCACGAAAGUCGACCGCGAUGGAAUGACCUGCACGGUAUGCAAAGACCCGAAAACUGGCGGCAAUUUCGAGCAGUGCUCAUACACAUCGGCCCCCAAAGGCCAAACAUACGCCUACGUGGCCGAGAAGAAGUACGACAGCGACAACGACGACAACCCAGAAGAAUCAAAAGUGGUCACCAAAGCGAACGAAGGAGGCGAAGAAGAGAGCGAAGAAGACCCGCAGAAAGGCUCCUCAUCAGCGCCGGUUCCCCAAAGCGCUGAAGCCCCCGAGGAGAAAUUCUCGUCAGCAACUAAAAGCAAAAUCGAAAAAGACGCGACACCUGAACUGGCAGUUGCCGCUUCGGAAAUCUCCAGUCAGAUCGUCAAAAGCCCCAUUCCUGAACUGGCCGUGGCAGCUUCGGCCACCAAGAGCCAAAUAAGACCCAGCCCGGAUAAAUCCAUAGCUGGAUCAGCGGCGAAGAGCGCAACUGGCCCCAUUCCAGAACUGACCGCAGCUGGCACCACCAUCGACGCCACUGGAGGCGCUGAAACUGAAGAAGACGAUGACGAGUCGUCGAGCGAGGAAGAAUCUGACGACGCCGAAACCAAGAAGAAAGAGAAGCAAGCAGAGGAGGAUCUCUAUGGACCCUCGUACUUCAACUAUGGGGAACUGAAAAAGGACAAGAAACUGGUUGACGAUGACCCCUACGAUGUACCUGAGCACUUUGCAGAGAGCAUAAACAAGGAGAAGGCUUCAGACAGUGAUGACUACAACUUUGACGAGUACCACUACAAACUCUUCCCCGAGCUGAACAAUGAAAACGCCGAGUCGAGAACGGAGGAGCAGGUAACUGAGCCAUCUGAGCAAAAGCAGCACGACGUGGAAGAGGUUCUAGCCGAAUUCGCCAAGAAGGACCGCUCCAACUGCAAAAAGGCGGAGAAGAAUGGCAUGACCUGCUUCCUUUGCGUUGACCAGAACAAAGUGCAACAUGAAGAAUGCAUGUACAUUGCCGAAAGCAAGCCCAAGCCCACUCACAUCGCUUAUCACGAAGUGCAGCGGCUAAAGGACCCCAAAGGCGAGCACCAGCCCUUCGCGCUGGACGAAUCGGAAAAUGAAGAAGAGUCCAAGAAGGUCGAAACCAUUGCUUCCACGCCCCAGUCCGUUGCAGACCUGCUGCAGCCGCAGGCCUCCGAAACCAGCAAGAGGAAGAAGUUCUUUAAAAAAGUGAUCACCAAUCCUCAAGCUUUGUCUAAUGUUGAGCUUACCGCUGCGGCUUCAGGCAUCCAGGAAUCAGUGGUAGUACCAUUCGAAAAGGAAAAGAAAAAAUACGUGAAGCAGACCAUCAAGGACUCGAGGGCUUCGGGAAGCGCUCCUGACUCAGAAAGACUGCAGGAGGAAGAAGGCGCCAAGAAGCAGGACGCUGAGGAGCCAGAGGCGCCGAAAGAAAUCGACGUUGAUGACGAAGAAGGCGCCUACAGCCACGAAACCAAACCAGUUUUCAGUAAACUGUAUGGAACCACCUUGCCCAGGUACAUGGUAGAAAAGACAGAGUUUGAAAAAGAUUUUGAUGCCGCGUCUGGCUUUGCUUAAGUCCCAUUUCAAUUCUAAACUAAACCGAAUGUUGCAAUGAUUUCGGGCGAACUGGGGGAUUUUAAGGUUGUAUUUUUCUGAACGAUUCAGGUUGAAUGGCGGCAAUUAUUUAUUAUCUCAACUGGACAAUGGGCAAUGGUUAAGUUUAAUAGUGUAGGGCAACGAUGGGCAAAUGGUAAAAUCGUCAAUGGAGAGUGACAAUGCUUUGCCAUUUGACUGUUCAAAUUAGCUUAGUAAUUUGCAUUAGAAACUGUUAUUACCACAACUAAAUAUGGCCUUUAAAUCUCGAGCGACAAAUCGUCAGCAGGAAGAUCAAAUUGUACCUUUCUUCUAAUCCCCUACUAUUUAAUCCAGUUUUGGAGUGUGAUAUGCAAAUUUUUUGACAUUUGUUAAAAAAAAACGUUGUUGUAAAAUGUUUCCAACUAGUUCCUAAGCCCUAUUAUGUUACGUUGUUGUUUGUUAUGA